UAUUAAAUCUUCAAUUCACUUUUGUUGUUCAAGGCACAAGGCUGGACAUAAUUAUCCCGAGUGAACUUUAUGCACAAAAGCAACACCUGGCAAUUAAAAAAGAUGGCGAAAGUGGCAUCGUUUGCCGUGAUCCUGGGUCUGUGGCUACUCUGCAGUCCUGUGAAAUGCUGGAGCAGCGGCGGCUUUCAAGGCGUUAUUCCUCAUCACGCUAAACUCAGCCCGAACUCCUGGGAGCAGACAGCGCCGCCUGCACCGCUCUGGUCCUCAUCGGGAUCAUCCGCGCAUGCGCCGGCACAGGAUGUGCUCGAUUCCAGCCAGGAGGCUCUGCACGUGACCGAGCGCCACUACCUGAAGCGGGACUGGUGCAAGACACAGCCGCUGAAACAGACGCUGCAGGAAGAGGGCUGCGUCAGUCGAACCAUCGUUAACAGCUUCUGCUACGGCCAGUGCAACUCAUUUUACAUUCCGCGGCACGUCUACCAAGAGGAAAGCGCCUUCCAGUCCUGCUCGUUCUGCAAGCCGAAAACGUUCACCGUCGUCACGUACACGCUGAUAUGCCCGAGCCAGAUCCCGAGAAUCAGACGGAAGCGCGUGCGUCGCGUCAAACAGUGCCGCUGCACUUCCAUAGACUUGGAUUAAUAGGUGCUGUUCACGGCAACACACAGUCCACAAUAAAGCCUACUACUACGGUUUCCUUUUAUGGAGAAAAAAAAGCAUUUUAAUAAAGCUCUAAUUGGAGCUUGAGUACUAGACCUACUAAACUUCACCUUUCUUUCUUGAUGGAGUAGUGCCUUUAAGAGUCAGUCUUUUGUACCUUUAAUUUGUAUUUUUCAUCUGGGACCAUGGACAUAGUGUAUUUUAAUUGUUUUGUGGUUUUUAUACUUAAAAAUGUAUAAACCUAAUGCACAUCAGAGUAAAAAGUAAAGUUUUACUCUGUAAAAGAUACACACUAAAAGUAAGAAUGGUGCACUUUUGACAGUACCUUCUUUUAAACUGGUACACGUACUCAUCGUUUAUAUCGCUUUAUUCGAUAUACAGGGUCACGGGGGGCAUGGAGCCUCUCCCCGGAGACUUAGGGCAUGAGGCAGAAAACAUCCUGGACGGGUACCAAUCUAUUGCAGGGCACGCAUAGACACAAUCGCACGCUCAUUCACACACUACAGGCAAAUUGAGAAUGCAAGUUAGCCUAAUCUGCAUGUUUUUGGACUGUGGGAGGAAACACACCAUCAACACACCAUCAAACAUGUAUCCCGCCUUGUGCCACAGUCCCCUGGGAUAGGCUCAAGGUGUCCCGUGAUCCUGUUCAGGAUAAGUGGUAUAGAGAUUGAGUGAGUAGUAUAUUUUAGAAAAAUACCACCAUUGUUUCUCAUAUCGGUCUGUUGGAGCUUCUGUCGCAGUACUCACAUUAUUUUAAUCCGUGUGUAAAUGUAGCCUCUGAGGACGUUUACAGUUUGUUUUAAAAAAAAAAGUCUGUUCCAGCUCUCUUGGGAAGAAAGUGCUCCUAUUCCACUGUAGCUACUGCCAUUUCUGUGAAGAUUUCUUAAAUGAUAAAUGGUAAUUGAAAAUUACAGUUAAGGAUACCAUAUGAAAAUGGUGUUGUAAUGCAUGCUAUGCUUACUGUUGCACAAACAUGACUUUUAGUAAAACAGAUGUGGGCCAUGUUUUGUGUUCAAAGAUUAUUUUCUAUUUUAUUUUAUAUAUAUGUAAAUAUAUGCUAUUCCAAUAAUCAGUGAAAAAUCCUGUCAGUCUCCACUAUGUGGAUGAAGGUAUCUUGAAUGAUAAAAAGGAAAAGGUCAUUAAUGUACAUAAUGCUUUUUAAUAAUACUGAAUGCUGAAAAACAAAAAAUGUAUUUUUUUAUUUUUAAAUGAUAUGGAUAUUUAUUGCCUUCAGUUUUGUAUUUGAAUUUUCAUACUAAACUUAUUAUUGCUA